UCUCCCCACAAUUUUCUAUUUCCUCUUCUCCAAGAAACUUCACUUUGAUUUUCACUUCCCAAAUUUCAAACUAUGUUAAAAAGUCCAUUUUUCUCUUAGUUAUUAUAUUACCCUUUGUCCAAAAAAAUCACCCCAAUCUCACUUUCUCAAUUUCUAACCUUUCUUCUACAAUUUAAUUCACAAUCCUCUUUCUUCCUUAGAGGCUCUUUUAUGUUGAUUUGAGCUUGUUCUUGUGAGUUUAGUUUUCUCUCAACUCUCAAAUUAUCCAAUCAAAAUCUUCAUCUUUUUUGAUAAUUUCUAGUUUCCUUUAGGAGGAAGAUAUACACAUCCUUCAAUUUUCCAAUAUUGUUCCGAACUGGACCAUAACCCAAACCAGUGCAGUAGACUUGAGGUCGAAACAAACACUUUUUACUUUUCUUUUGUUGAACUUUUGUUGUAGUUGAGCUCUUGCUUCUACCAUUAGUUCUUUGUUGAAAUCCCAUAAAAAAAGUUUGUGUCUUUUUUGUGGUUUGGAAUUUGGUUUUCUACUCUUUUUUUUCUUCUUGCUUGUUCAUUUUUUGUUGGCAUGGAGGAAGAUCAACACAUGGUUGCUGCAGCUCAACACAUUCUAAAAGCACUAGCUUCAAGCAAAACUGUUUCUCAUGAGAUGAGAAAAACUCUCUUGGAUCUUGAGAUUCAAUUGUCUACAAUCAAUGAAAGAAAGGGAAGUGGAAUCAAGCAAUUAGAGAGAAAGCUUAAAUGUCUUGAAGAUAAGGUAAUGAGUUUGGAAAAAAAUGAUUCUGUGAUAUCUUCUGAGUAUUUAAAACUUGUUGGUGAAAUUCAAACUUUGCAACAAAAGUUUGAUUCUUUGAAUGAAAAUUGGAAGCAGAAGGAACUUGUUCAAAAAUCUAAUGAAAUUUUGCAGGUUGUUAUGUUAAGGCUUGAGGAAGAGUUGGUUCAAAUUCUUGUUAAUCAUAAGCAAUAUUUUGAGGUUGAUUACAUGUCUUUCAAUUCCAAUAGAGUGGAUUUGGUGUAUGAUGAAUCAUUUGGUUCGGUUGAGGAUGAACGAAUCAACAAGGUGUCGCGGAGUAUUGAUGAUAGCCUAUCCGAGGCGAGCAAUAUAGAUUUGGUGAAUCCUUCUGUAGUUGAAGAUCUCAAAAGCAUUGCUAAAGCCAUGUUUGGUUCAAAUUACCAACAUGAGUUUUGUCAUGUCUUCAUUUCUUCUAGGAGAGAUGCCUUGGAUGAGUACUUUGUCAUUCUAGAAAUCGAAAGAUUAAGCAUCGAAAAUAUGCUAAAAAUGGAGUGGCAAAGUUUGAAUCGCAUGAUAAAGAAAUGGAUUCGAGCGAUGAAGUUCAUUGUUCAAGCGUAUCUUGUUGGCGAGAAACGAUUGUGUAAGCAAAUUCUCGGUGACUUUGGAUCGGUUUAUCAGUAUUGCUUCUCCGAAAUAUCUCGGAGUUCAGUUUUGCACCUUCUAAAUUUUGGUGAGGCCAUAGCAAUGGGAACACAUACACCAGAGAAACUGUUCUGUUUACUUGACAUGUAUGAGGCAUUAGAACAUGUUGCAGUGGAUAAAGAUUUUUUGUUCAUUGAAGAAAUUGAUUCUUUUGUUACAAGAGAGUUUCACAACCUUCAAAGAAUCAUUGUCGAAACUAUAAAAUCGACAUUUCUUUCAUUUAGAAAUGCUAUUGCAACAAAUCCAUCAAAAAAAUGUUUUCCUUGUGGAGGUGUUCAUCCUCUUACAAAAUAUGUCAUGAAUUACAUCAAUGCACUUGUUGAAUAUGGUGAUAGUCUUGAUCUUCUUGUCGAUGAAACUUCGAUCGAUCCAUCGGAUAGCAAUGAUGAGAACAACUAUGAAAACUCCACCCUUUCAUGUUCUCCAUUGGCUUGCAACUUAAGGCUAAUCACUACAACUCUAGAAUCAAACUUGUGUAACAAAUCUAAGUUAUACAAUGAUGUGGCUUUGCAACAUAUUUUCAUGAUGAAUAAUAUUCAUUACAUGGUGCAAAAGGUUAAGUCUUCUAACCUAUGUAAUUUCUUCGGAGAUUUAUGGCUUCGUCGACAUGUUGGCAUGUUUCAACAUUAUGCUCGAAGCUAUGAGAAGGUGAGUUGGAGUUCAGUACUUUCUUUUCUUCGUGACGAAAGUUUGUCGAAUUGUGUCACAGAGAGAAAAAUAAAGAAAAAAUGCAAAGAUUUUAGUGCUGCUUUUGGUGAAGUAUACAAAACACAGACAGGUUGGAGUGUACCGGAUAAAGAACUUCGCGAAGAUUUACAGAUAUCCGUUUCUCAGAAAGUGAUUCCUGCUUAUCGAAGUUAUACCGGUAGACACACGUCUAAAAUUGAUGAGAAGUGGAUCAAGUACACGGUCGAUGAUCUACAAUGCUAUAUUUUGGAUCUUUUUCUAGGUUCAUCAAAAUCUUUGCAUCAUUCACAUCAUAGAAAGUGACUCUAGAGUGAAAUUUGUAUAUAUUGUAUGUCAUUAGGAAAUGACACUAGGGUCUUGGUUUAGUUAGCAUUAGGAGGCUUUUAUACUUUGUUCUUGAUUAACAUCAUCAAAUAAAUGUAUCUGUUGGUUAAUUUGGAUGAAAGUG